AUGGCCCCGCAGUACAUGCCCGUACCCCUCUUAGAUCAUACAUACGCAGCGGUGAGCACUGCGAAUUCAAGCUUCGACUCUCCAGACUGGGACUGGUCGCGAAGCGACAUCUUGGACGGCGCAUACGUCCCAUACAUCUGCGAAGCCAUUCUAGUAAUACUAAUCUUCAUGUAA